CAGUGUGUUAAAGAUGGGCGGACUGACACCACCCGGGAAAUCUUCACAACCGAGAGCACGGAGAAAAGCUCUGAAAUGUACUGUAGAGCUGAAAGUCCAUGGUAUCACUUGUCCAAGUGUCCUCUUACCGUCCCAUGAGGACAUCUACUUGAGCGUCCGGAUGAUGGGACAAUACCUCAAAACAAAGUGUGUCCCCUAUGCCUUCCCUCUUCUGCUGCAUGAGAACAUGGUGUUUACCAAGACAUUCUCAAGAGUAUUUGACCCUGGUGAUGUAGCUGAUCAUCUGCAGAAUGAUACAACUUGUUUGGAGCUCAUCCAGCUUGUUCCCCCAGAAGGUGAAAUUCUGGCCACAUUUAUGGAGAACACCAGAGAUUUCCUUUAUCCAGGAAUAAGCCUGAUUCCCCAAACCCCAGGUUCAGAGAGAGAAGUAUUCAUGAAGAAAUCCGCCUCAUUCCCGGGGAUUUCACCCAAAGUGGAAUUUUCAACCAUGUCUGUCAUUGAGGAGUGUGAUAUGAAAAGUAGCCAGACAGCCAUCUCGCCACGUGGAGCUUCUAACUCUAAGGCCUGCCAUGCACGAUCAAGCAAGUCAAAUGCAAGUGCAGCAGGACCAUAUGGUUACCAGAGACCUACAGUAGCAUCACAGAGCCGCUGCCCAUCACCGUACACUCACCGUAGAAUGUGCCAGCUCACUGAUGAUGCCACACAGCGCCUCCGCCACCUUCAGCUAGGACCAUACACCUUUAAGAAAGACACGGCCCCUCAGCCGCCUUUUGUGGUUCCUUGUAGUCCCAACUCUUCACUAAUUGAAUCUCCAACAAGAUCUUUAGUUCUGCAAUCUUCACCUAAGAGAGACUCCUUCCAGCAGGCAUCUGCAAGAAGUCAUUCUCCGGGUGUGUGUCAUGUAUCCCCUGGGGAGAAGUCCACACCGUGCCUCAGCAGUCCCUUUCACAGAAGAAACCAUGCUUAUCAGUCCACGCCUGUGUCCAGCAGCCUAAGGGACCAGAGUCCACUGCUCAGCCGAUCUACACUCAGAGAAAGGUUUCUGAGCCCAUCUAGUCCCUCACAAUGUGAAGAAAUCCACAGACGAGUUCAGAAGAUUUUACGCUCUCAUGCCACUCCCCGCAAGCUCCGCUUUGAGGAGCAGAGUGAAGACGAAGGAUCUGGUCAGAAUGAACCUGGUCCCUCCAAUGACUACCAGCAACAAGCAAACAGGGUUAUUUCUGGUCAGCCAUCUGUUCCUUUAGAUAACGGAACAUUCUGGACCAACGAAGCUGCCAAAUACACCGGGAAGUCCCACAGAGCAGCGUUUGAGGACAGCCUUGGCAAAAUCUACAAGAACCUGUACAGAAAAGCUUCAAGUCCCACACACCAUGACUCACAAAGCACCUGGACAUAGCCAUCUCUCCAGGAUGCCUAGUUUUGUUUUAAGUCAGUUAUGAGUUAUUUAUUUCAUCAUAAUCCAAACUAAAGUUUCUGAGCUAAUUUUCUCAAGAAAUGCAUAGUAAUGUAGAUCUUGGUUAUAUGUGCCAAUUAUUUAAAUAAAGAACAAAAAAAGCAGGUGUGCUAUGAUAAGAGGAUGAUGUGAUGCCUUUGUAGGAACAAGCUUCUUAAAAACUUGUCAUUUUGUUUUAUGUCGCAUUGUUACUAACUGCAAAAACUGUACACAAUUUAUGUUACAGCUGGAACCCCUGUAACAAUACUACACACCUUCAGAAAUUUAACCAUGCU